AUGCACCCAAGAAAGUUACCGCUUGAGCUUUCGGACCAUAUCAUCGACUUUCUCUGGCUUGACCGCAGUGCAUUGGUGGCAUGCAGUCUAACAUGUCGAGCAUGGCUCCGAAGAAGUCGAUACCACCUGUUUCGCACGGUCGAGCUUUGUGGGGAAGCCGACUGCCUCCGUUUGGAGAACUUGUUGACGUCUUCUCUCGCCGCUUCGUCGGGGAUCCCCUUCUACAUUCGCGAUCUCACGAUCCAUAGCUGUAACUUAGUGCCGGGCAACAAACUCCCUCAGGCUGCGAAGACGAGCUGGAUGGGCCGGUUCCUACCCAAGCUGUUCACGAGCCUGACCGCAGUCGAAUGCCUGCAGCUGACCGGCAUGGACUGGCAGCGCGACUUCCAAGAAGCCAGAGACGCGUUUCUCACGUCAUUCCCUGCAUUGCAGGUCAUUAUUCUUGAUGAUGUGAGGUUCGAGGAGUCGAUCCACGUCCUGCGACUGCUGGCGUCGCACCCGCUGCUCAACACGAUCUGCAUGAUCGACGUCUUUUGGAUCGUCGAGUCGCCCUUCCUUGUCGAGGGAGAUCAGUGGGCGCAUGCGGGGAAGAUUGGGAUCAAUGAGCUCAUGGUGCACGAUGGUGUCUCUGAUUGUGGGACGUCCAUUGCAGCGAGUGUUGUGGAUGCCCCAUUCAAGAUGUCCCUUACCCGACUCAGCUGGGCUUCCUCCUCCGCAUUGGAGAGUGUGGUGAAACUGGGCAAGGUUAUCGAGAAGGCAGGCCCAUCCUUGGAGGAUCUCAGUCUGUAUUUGACACCCGAGAGUGGGGGAGAAGCUGCUUAUCCUGCAGACCAUAUAUCCUUGGCGCACCUUAUCAACCUCAAAUCGCUGUCGCUUAAAUGCUGCUUUGCCGCGAUGCCCACCGCAAAGGACACCGCCUACAUACCCGCCCUUCUUUCCCAGGUUUGCGCUGCGAGGUACAUCAGGAUGAACAUUUUCCUGACGGACUCACCGCCGAUACAACUGGGGCUACUGGACUGGGAGUCCAUCGACAAGACAUUGGCUUCUCUGGGCAAGCGUCUUCCACGGCUUGUGGUCGUCUUAUAUAUUCGCCCACGCUAUCGCACUCUAGGCUGGGCUGAUGAAGUGAUCUCAGCGAUCACUGCCUAUCUACCGGAGUCGCAAGUUGCGGGGACUCGUGUCCGUUUGUUGUGCAGCAUGUCCGCUACGCGACAUCCGGAUCAUGAGCAGCUCAGAGAGCACUGGCUGUCUCUGUACUGCGACUCGAAGUGA